GAGUAAAUAGCUUUUCCGCCAGCAUCCUGAAAUUCAAAAUUCAAAAGGUGGGAAAACACACAAAUUCACUUUCCCAAAUCUCCCACCGGAAACAUCCCCCGUCGCUCGCACGCGCCACUACUCCAGUUCACUUAGAUCUAUAAAUUUCACACAGCAAUGGCCGAAAUCCUAAGCCCUAAUCCCAAACUAAAAGGCCCAUUUUCUCCAACUAAAUUCGUCUUAGGCUCUAAUGACGACAAACUCGAACGCGCUCAAGCACGCGCCGCUCGUGCUGCCGUCAUCCGUCGGAAACCCAUCCACGUGGCACCUCCUCCGUCGUCUUCAGAUCCUUGCCUUGACAAAGAACAGAUUCUCGAACUCUUCCAGAAUUGCAUCAAACUCGCCAGUGAAAAUAAAAUUAAUCAGAAGAAUACUUGGGAGCUAGGUUUGAUUGAUCAUCUAUGUGAGAUAGUUAAAGUUGAACAAGAGAAUGAUUCUGAGACCAAUUUCCAGAAGGCAAGUUGUACUCUUGAGGCUGGAGUUAAGAUUUACUCAAUGAGGGUGGACUCAGUACAUUCAGAGGCAUAUAAAGUUCUUGGAGGAAUCAAUCGUGUUGGUAAUGGAAAUGAAGAUCCUGUUGUAGAGGAUGCUAAUGCUGAAAAUGGCCAGGAGGAAGGUCAUACCAGAAAAGAGCAAGAAAGAAAGUUAUCGCCUUUAUCAACACUGGAGUCAUCAUUCGAUUCUCUCAAUGUGAAGAAAUUUGAUGCCGCUUUUGCUGUAGAUCCUCUUUAUCAUCAGACAUCAGCUCAGUUUGAUGAAGGUGGUGCGAAGGGUCUUUUGUUGAAUAACCUAGGAAUCUAUGGGAAUUGCCGUGUCCUUUUUGAUUCAUUCGAGAUACCUGGGAAGUCGGUACCUGAAGCAGUUCGGCAUGAUAGAACAGAUUCCAUUGAUAUAUGUUUUGCUAAAGAUUGUGUUGAAGAAAUGGUGUUGAAUAUGCCCAAGAAGGAUGAGAUAUCGCCCAGUCUGAGGAAUAUAAUUUGUCAAUUUAGUGGAGAGAUGCCGGUGCCAGCUGAAACAGAUUUUUCUUGCCAGACUUCACCAGAACAAACUUCUGAAUCGUUUGUCCUAGAUGCGGAUGAUGAUGCAUUUGACAAUUGUGGAGCCUGGCCAAUGGAUCACGAUGAUGGAAUAAGUUUGUCUGAACAAGGUUCUCACGACGUUGAUCAAAUUUCAUCAAAUCAACAGGACAGUGAACCAUAUGCUUUUCCUGAUGCUGAGGAUGAUGACAGAUCUGAGAGAGUUGAUGAUUACUUGUUUUUAAGUUUAGGAUUUUCUUCAAAGCACAAUUCCUGGGCUGGUCCUGAUCAUUGGAAGUAUAGGAAGGUGAAAGUUGCAGAGGAGCCUUCCAAUGAAGAUGGAUCACCAGUAAAGGCUAAGAAAACAAAGAGCAGAAAAACAGAACCUGAAAUUGAUUUCACAAAAGCAUUGGACACUGAUCAAUCACAUGUCUUUGCUCCUCCGAAGAAUCCCAAGCAACUACUCCUUCCAGCAAAUAGAACACCAUGUAACAGGUUACUUCCAGAAGAUUGUCAUUACCAACCUGAGAAUCUUGUAAAGCUGUUUCUCCGACCCAAUGUCACGUGCCUUGGAAGGAAAGGAAAGCACAUCCCAGCUGAAGCCGGUCAACAAAGUGAAGAGUUUGGAGAUAUGCCAUCUUGGGAUGAUGAUGGUGGAUUUCCUGGGGCUUUUGAUGACGGCAACACAUUUAGUGAUGUUGAGGAGUCAAGUACACUUGUCUCUCAACCUCGCCAGGUAAACAAGAUUGAAGUGCAGUAUGAUAAAACAUCCAAACAAGUAGAUGUUCAAGUGCUUAAGGAAACACUUUGGGACCAAUUGAAUCAAACAUCAGUUGAGGAAGAAGGUGUAUCUUUCAAGCACAUGUUGGCUGCUUUUCCAAGCGAAUGCAGCGCAUCAGCAUCGAUUGAUGCUAUAUCUCCACAUUUAUGCUUUAUUUGCUUGUUGCAUCUUGCCAAUGAACAUGGAUUAAGGAUACAAGGUUGUGUUGGUUUGGAUGAUCUCAGUAUAAAGCUCGAAGCUCACAAUAAUAAUGCUGUGGCCUAAGCCAUCUUUUUUCAGCUUUUGGUUUUCCUACUGUAAUGUAUAUCAACUUGUAGAUUGGGCCUUCAUGCAUUCACAUGCUGCUUGUGGAUCCCUUCAAUUGUAUUGCUAUAUAGGUUAGUUAAUUCGUGUAAAUUAUCAGAUAUUGUCAACAGUUGGUUUAUAACUGUUGUCAAUUUUCAGUCUUU